GCGAUGAAGUUUGUACUGGUCAUUUGUGCUGUGUUAGGAACUUCCCUUGCGUUCAACGAGCACCCGAAGAACCUUCGCCCAUGGUGGAACACGACACAGAAGCAGGGACGCAUUGUGGGAGGUUUUGAGAUAUCUAUUGAAGAAGUGCCGUGGCAGGUUUCGCUCUUCGUUUAUACCCACUUCUGUGGCGGAUGUAUCAUAGGGAGCUAUUGGGUUCUGACGGCCGGGCAUUGUUGUGCUAGUUCGGACCGUCCGAGCUUCUCGAUCCGCGCCGGAAGUUCAAACAACUACCAGGGUGGUCGUGAGGUCCGGGUAAGACGUUCCAUACGACAUCCUAAUUAUGGAUCCACCAGGAGAUUUGACUACGACUUCGCGUUGCUGGAGCUGGCCGAGGGGCUUAGUUUUACCCAUAGCGUCCAGGCCAUCAAGUUACCGAGACAGGGGGAGCGAGUUGUCGCCGGAGCCAUGUGCUUGCUGUCCGGAUGGGGGAAUACCCAGAACUACUUGGAUGACCAAAGCAUUCUUCGAGCAGCGAAUCUUCCCACGGUAGGUUAUGAUGACUGCGACCAAGCGUACUAUUGGCAGGGUGGUAUUUCUCCCCGGAUGAUCUGUGCCGGAUACUGGAACGGAGGAAAGGGUUCCUGUCAGGGCGAUUCCGGUGGUCCGUUGGUUCACGAUGGUAAGCUGAUUGGAGUGGUGUCCUGGGGUGUCGGUUGUGCCGAGGAAGGUCAUCCGGGAGUUUACGGCCGGGUAGCUUCAGUGCGCGAUUGGAUCCAGCAAGUCAGUGGGAUUUAAUUGUAAGGCUCUUCUAGUAUUGUGCAUAACACAAAUAAAUAAAUAGAAUUCAAGGUUCGGAUUUGCAGAACUCAAAAGUAAGGCUACACUGAGUUUGUCAAGUGUCCAAUACCAUGAAUAUGAAGAAGUACCAAAUGCCAGUGUAAAAAAUCAGGAGCCUAGUACAGUUUUGAGUAGUCCGCAAAUACUUGGCUAACUUAGACUCGAGUAUUGAUGAGAAGCAACCUUAGAGCAUAAGAAACUGUAAGACUGGAUGACUUAAACCCAUCGUAGACCUUGACGACUACGGCAUACGGUCUUCAAAAUAAUAAACUUCCAGUUCCUUG